AUGAAAACAUUAGUUAUACUUAAUAAAACAUAUUUUUUUAUCACAAUUAUUGAAGGCCAUAAAGAUUGUUUACAUAAACCUGGCUAUAUAUGCGAAGCAAAUAAUUUAACAAGUGAUAUUUUUGAUAAUGUUUCAGCUGCUGUAACUACACUUUAUAAGCAGUUGUUUCCUUCUUCUGAAACAAAAUUCUCAGGACCUCUUAUCAUAGGACAUGAUAAACCAGAAAUUAAUAAUCAAUUGUUAACAGAUGUAAUAUUUUGUCCAUUUAAUUGCAUGUACAAUAAAUUCACAAUAUUUAUUUAUGGAAUUGGUGUGUCCUCAGAUGAUGGAAUGUGUAAUGUAGGUCCAGGAUUUAAGUCUUCUUUUGUUUGUGUAAUAGGGUUUGAGAAAAAGAAGACAUUAUUUGUACAAGAGAUAAAUUAUAAAAACUCCAUUGUAAAAAUUUAUCAAGAUCAUAAAUUGAUGUCUACACAUGUUGGUAGUAACCCAAAUGAUGUGUGGGAAAAGGUUGGAUAUUUAAAAAACCACAAAGUACCUAAAUGCUUGCCUGAAGAAUGGAAUAUUGCUAGCAAAAUGGAACAUUUAUGGAAUUAUCACUUACGAAAAUGUACAUUAGCUUCAAUAUCACUUUCAAUUAAACGACAUGUUCAAAUUGGUGGAGAAAUUCAAGAAGGAAAAGAUAUUACCUCAGCUAUUGAAAAUGUUGCAGGCACUUCAUCAAAUUUUAAUUUAACAAUAAAAACUACUUUUAAUAAAAAUCAAAAUGAAUCCUGA